AUGAGUGUUGAAAUCCCUGAUAUUCCUUAUGUAAAUAAUGAGGUAGAACUUGAUCGAAUGGUUAAACCAUUACAACUUUGGAUGAGACAGAUGAGUAAAAAGAAAUGGGAAUUUGAGGCAUCACCAGAUGGUGUGUUACAAUAUUGUGUUUUACCAAAUGAAAACAAUCAACGAUUUGCCCGAUAUGUAAUUUUUAUAAAAAAACCAAAAAGAUUUGUUGUUGAGUCUUUGUUUGAUAUUCCUUUGAUGAAAUCAUUAGAACCAAAUAUUACAGAAAUGAAAACGUUACUUCAAAGUGAUGAUUCUUAUUUAAAUUAUGAAAUUCAGCAAAUCCCUUAUGGAAGUUUAGUUACACCACGUGAUUUUUUAUUUGUUCAAACAAAUUAUAAAAUUGAAGGAGAUCAAUACAUUGUCAGUUCAAGUGUGAAUAGUGAAAAAGAAAAUACUUACAAUGAAAAGUUAGUAAGAGGAUAUAAAAAAAUAGGAAUUAGAGUGUAUGACGAAGUUCCAAAUGAAUCAACAAAUAUUGAGGUUAUUGUAUGUGCUGAUUUGAGGGGAUGGGUUGUUGGGAUGAACGAGAGGCAGAAGCAAAACGAAUUGCAGAAGAAGAAGAACAAAAAAGGAAAGAGGAAGAACAAAAGGCGUUGGAACUCAAACAACAAGAAGAAGAAAAACUCAAACAACAAGAAGAAGCCGCACGAUUAA